AACCACUCUGCUCAGCCCAGAGGAGCAGCCACAUAGAAAAAAAGAAAGAAGUUAAAAUCAACUCACAGCAGAAGAGGGAGGGAGAGAAGGGGGGAGAAAACGCCCUGGAAACUUGGUUGAUCGAGACAUAGGAAAGGAGUGACAGAAUCCUAACAGACUGCAAAGUUGUGACUGGAAGAGGUGCUUUUCUUGGGCUGGGGAGAAGGGGAGAGGACACGUUUUCAAGGAUGCUCAAGCUGGUGUGAGGCUUCUUGGGCGCAAAGACUGCGCACAGAAGUCAAGAAAGAAGCAUCACAGCAUAAGACUGAAGCCCUUGGCAUUGCUUGAGCAAUCUAAGGAAAACAAAGGUAGAGUUUCCAUCACACCAGGGGUUAAAAAGAGGAAAGCAAAAACAAGAUGGCUGAAGAGGAAGAAACCAGGGAGGUGCUCUUUCCAGACUGGGAGGGGCCAGACAAAACUGGCUUAACCAUUGAACAGACAAGUGGAGGAGAGAUCUUCGUCAAGGAGGUGAAAGGAGAGUCACCUGCUGCACGGUCUGGAAAAGUAUAUGAAGGUGACCAGAUUGUGGGCGCCACUAUCUACUUUGAUAACAUGAGCUCAGAAGAAACAGCUGACCUACUGAAGACACUGAACCGCCACAAGGUUGGACUGAAACUACAAAACAAAUCCCCUUGCUGCUCGCCCGUGAGCACACCAUGUCGUUCACCAAUGGGCACAUUGACAUGGGAGGGGAAGACCCGGUUUGGAGGUUCCAGUCCAGACAUCAUCCUUAGUGGGGAUGAUGAGGACUAUAAGAGAAUAUACACAAAAAAGAUCAAACCAAGGCUGAAGUCUGACGACCUUGCAGAGGGAGUAGAUGUUCGCACAGAGCGGCACAGCAGCACAAGCAGCGAUGGCAGCACAAUUACUACCAUCACCCGCCGCAUCACUACCUACACUGUGGAUAUGCCGAGUGGCAUAAGUGAGCAACUUGAACUUUCAAGCCCAGAGUUUAAGGGGCUAAGACACGAAUCUGGAGAUGGCUCUCCUCGUAUCAGGAUCUCACAUGGCAGCCCUUCAGGUAAAGGGGGAGCAGAGGAGGGAGUUUUUGAGUCAAGUAAUGUCUCUUACACUGGGCCACACAUUAGCUCCACAGAGACACGCUGGGGCAGUGGGGGAGUUAAGACCACAACAAUCACAAGAGAGGCAGAAAAAGACAGAGGUACAGGUCUUAGAUUUAAAGGGCCAAACUUUGGAAUAGGUGGCAGCCAGGGAGGCAUUGAGAUCUCAAGAGGGAGUGUGGAGCAAGGAGAUGGAAGCAUUCAGGUGCCAGAAACAAGCAUGACACUAAGAGACAACACAAACACUGGGAGUAGGCAUGUUACAGUAGGAGGGUUGGGAGGUGCAGAGGUAACUUCAGCUGAUGAGAACGGAGGGUCAAUUAGUCUGACUUUACCAGGAAAAGGCAUGCAGAUUUUGACUACAUCAAUAGAUAAAACACAGGAGGGAAACACUGACACCAGUUUAGGUGAGAGAACAAAGAUGACAGUAUCUGAAAUUACCAUCAGUAACUCGCAGGCAAAAGGAUCAGGCAGUAUUGAUAUUCCGAAUGUCAGACAUGGGGGAGGUUCCACAGAUAUUGAUACUGAAUUGAGAGGUGGCAGGAUCGGAGGAUCAGCAGUGUCAUUAGGCAAUAUUGCUUCAGGAUAUUCCUCAGGGCCAGGCAAGAUUUCAGUGACAGGUGUGGAUGUUAACCUCACAAAUUCAAAGUCCAAAGGUGAGGUUGAUGUUAACCUACCAAGCACAAAGGGAGGAAUAAAAGCAUCUGGAAUAGACACGGAAGGUGAAAUGUCAAAAAUCAAGAUGCCUGGUUUUGGAAUGAAAGGAAUCAAGAGAGAGGGAGCUAGUGUUGAGUUUAAACUCAGUGGUGAUGCAGAUAUAUCAGUACCCGUGACACACAAAGAGGUGGAAACACCAGAACAAGACAUCAAAGGGACAUACAUGCAAAUCAAAAGUCCAAAUGCGAAUAUUCAAGGACCAGUUAUGAAUGUGAGCCUCCCAGAGGCAGUAAAUCUGAAGGGUUCUAAGGCAGAGGGAAGUUUUGAUAUAACAGUGCCAAAGACUGAGGGAGAAAUAAAGGCACCCAAACUAAACAUUAAACAAGGUGUUGUUGAAAGCACUGAUGUAAAAAUAAAAGGAACCAAACCUGACAUUGACAUUAAAACAGCUCAAGUUGACAUUAAAGCACCAGACCUUGAUGGUAGGGCUGCUGAUAUAAAAACAGAAGGACUGAAAUUCAAGAUGUCGUCUAAAAAAGGAACUACAACGCCAGAUUUGGAUAUCAAUCUGAAAGGAUCCAAGCUAAAGGGAGAUGUAGCAGUUCCAAAGAUUGAGGGAAGAACAACAAAACCUGAGGUUCAGAUCAAGGGACAAGAAAUUGAUACUGAAAGACCUAAAGGUGGAUUUGAGGUAAAAAUUCCAGGAACUCAUAUUGAAGGACCUGAUGCAAAACUCAAAGGACCAAAACUGAAAAUGCCAUCCAUAAAAGGAACAAAGAUGCCAGAUGUCGAUAUCAAACUUGAAGGUCCAAGAGUUGAAGGAGAUGUGGCUAUAUCAAUGCCAAAGAUAGAAGGAGACAUAAAAGCACCUGUAGUGGAUGUUGAAGGUCCAGAUGUUGACACUGAGGUUCACAAAGGAGGAUUUAAAGUGCCUAAAUUUAAAAUUCCAUCAUUUGGAAUAAAGAGUCCAAAAAUGGAAGGGCCAGAAGUUGAUGUUGAUCUACCAAAAGCUGACAUUAACGUGAAAGCUCCUGAAGUGGAAAUGAAAGGGCAAAAAGUUGACAUGGAAAGUGUUGGUGGUAAUAUUAAAGGAUCAAAAAUCACAGUGUCAGGACCGAAAAUCUCAACACCUGAUGUGGAUAUAAGUGUCAAAACUCCAAAACUCAAAGGUGAUGUGGACGUGCCAGCUCCAAAGAUGGGAAAAAUAAAAACACCUGGAGUUGACAUCAAAGGCCCAGAGGUUGACAUUGAAGGACCAAAGGGUGGAUUUGAAACACCUAAGAUAAAACUGCCAUCAUUUAACAUAAAAGGUCCAAAAGUGGAGGGGCCAGAUGUGGAUGUGAACGUGCCCAGAGCAAACAUUGAUGUGAAAGCACCAGAAGUUGACAUUAAAGCUACAGAGAUUGACAUUGAAGGCCCUGAUGCAAACAUCAAAGGACCCAAAGUCAAGGUACCAACCAUAAAAGGACCAAAGAUACCAGAUUUUGACAUCAAACUAAAAGGUCCUAAAGUCGAGGGAGAUGUGGAUGUUUCACUUCCAAAGAUUAAAGGAGACAUAAAAGCUCCUGAGGUGGACAUUGAAGGACCAGAAAUUGACAUUGACGGGCACAAAGGUGGAUUCAAAAUGCCUAAAUUUAAAAUGCCAUCAUUUGGCAUGAAAGGUCCAAAAGUAGAAGGCCCAGAAAUUGAUGUCAGUAUUCCAAAAGCCAGCAUUGACGUUAAAGCACCUGAUGUUGACAUCAAUGCACCAGAGGUUGACAUUGAAGGACCUAAUGCAAAACUCAAAGGACCCAAAUUCAACAUGCCAACAAUUUCAGGACCAAAAAUCAAUAAGCCUGAUGUGGAUUUCAAUCUAAAAGGUCCAAAACUCAAAGGUGAUGUGAAUGUGUCAGCUCCUAAGCUAGAAGGAGACAUAAAGACACCUGAUAUUGACAUUAAAGGUCCACAGGUUGAUAUUGAUGGCACAAGAGGUGGAUUUGAAAUGCCUAAAAUCAAAAUGCCAUCAUUUAACAUAAAAGGUCCAAAACUGGAGGGUCAAGAUGUUGAUAUAAACUUUCCCAAAGCAAACAUUGAACUGAAAGCACCUGAUGUUGACAUUAAAGCUCCAGAGAUUGACAUUGAAGGCCCUGAUGCUAAAAUUAAAGGACCCAAAAUGAAGAUGCCAACCAUCAAAGGACCAAAGAUGCCAGAUUUUGACAUCAAACUAAAAGGUCCCAAAGUUGAGGGAGAUGUGGAUGUUUCACUUCCAAAGAUUGAAGGAGACAUAAAAGCUCCUGAGGUGGACAUUGAAGGACCAGAUGUUGACAUUGACGGGCACAAAGGUGGAUUCAAAAUGCCAAAAUUUAAAAUUCCAUCAUUUGGCAUGAAAGGUCCAAAAGUAGGAGGCCCAGAUGUUGAUGUAAGCCUUCCCAAAGCCAACAUUGACAUGAAAGCACCUGACGUUGACAUCAAUGCACCGGAAGUUGACAUUGAAGGACCGAAUGCAAAACUCAAGGGAGCCAAAUUCAACAUGCCGACAAUUUCAGGACCGAAACUUUCAAUGCCAGAUGUGGAUUUCAAUCUCAAGGGUCCAAAACUCAAAGGUGAUGUGAAUGUGUCAGCUCCUAAGCUAGAAGGAGACAUAAAAACACCUGAAGUUGACAUCAAAGGCCCAGAGGUUGAUAUUGAAGGACCAAAGGGUGGAUUUGAAAUGCCUAAGAUCAAAAUGCCAUCAUUUAACAUAAAAGGUCCAAAGGUGGAGGGUCCAGAUGUUGAUAUAACCCUCCCCAAAGCAAAUAUUGAUGUGAAAGCACCUGAAGUUGAUAUUAAAGCCCCAGAAAUUGACAUUGAAGGCCCUGAUGCAAAAAUUAAAGGACCUAAAAUGAAGAUGCCAACCAUAAAAGGACCGAAGAUGCCAGAUUUUGACAUUAAACUAAAAGGUCCGAAAGUUGAGGGAGAUGUGGAUGUUUCACUUCCAAAGAUUGAAGGAGACAUAAAGGCUCCUGAAGUGGACAUUGAAGGACCAGAUGUUGACAUUGAAGGCCACAAGGGUGGAUUCAAAAUGCCAAAAUUUAAAAUGCCAUCAUUUGGCAUGAAAGGUCCAAAAGUGGAAGGCCCAGAUGUUGAUGUAAGCCUUCCCAAAGCCAACAUUGACAUGAAAGCACCUGACGUUGACAUCAGUGCACCAGAAGUUGACAUUGAAGGACCGAAUGCAAAACUCAAGGGACCCAAAUUCAACAUGCCAUCAAUUUCAGGACCGAAACUCUCAAUGCCAGAUGUGGAUUUCAAUCUCAAGGGUCCAAAACUCAAAGGUGACAUGGAUGUGUCAGCUCCUAAGCUAGAAGGAAACAUAAAAACACCUGAAAUUGACCUCAAAGGUCCAGAGGUUGAUAUUGAAACGACAAAGGGUGGAUUUGAAAUGCCUAAGAUCAAAAUGCCAUCAUUUGGCAUGAAAGGUCCAAAAAUGGAGGGUCCAGAUGUUGAUAUAAACCUCCCCAAGGCCAACAUUGAUGUGAAAGCACCUGAGGUUGACAUUGAAGGCCCUGAUGCAAAAAUCAAAGGACCCAAAAUGAAGAUGCCAACCAUCAAAGGACCAAAGAUGCCAGAUUUUGACAUCAAACUGAAAGGCCCUAAAGUCGAUGGAGAUGUGGAUGUUUCACUUCCAAAGAUUGAAGGAGACAUAAAGGCUCCUGAGGUGGACAUUGAAGGACCUGAUGUUGACAUUGACGGGCACAAAAGUGGAUUCAAAAUGCCUAAAUUUAAAAUUCCAUCAUUUGGCAUUAAGGGUCCAAAAGUAGAAGGCCCAGAUGUUGAUGUAAGCCUUCCCAAAGCCAACAUUGACAUGAAAGCACCUGACGUUGACAUCUCAGCACCAGACAUUGACAUUGAAGGGCCGAAUGCAAAGCUCAAGGGACCUAAAUUCAACAUGCCAUCAAUUUCAGGACCGAAACUUUCAAUGCCAGAUGUGGAUUUCAAUCUCAAGGGUCCAAAACUCAAAGGUGACAUGGAUUUGUCAGCUCCUAAAUUGGAAAGAGACAUAAAAACACCUGAAGUUGACAUCAAAGGUCCAGAGGUUGAUAUUGAGGGGACAAAGGGUGGAUUUGAAAUGCCCAAGAUCAAAAUGCCAUCAUUUAACAUCAAAGGUCCAAAAGUGGAGGGCCCAGAUGUUGAUAUAAACCUCCCCAAAGCAAAUAUUGAUGUGAAAGCACCUGACUUUGACAUUGAAGGCCCUGAUGCAAAAAUCAAAGGACCCAAAAUGAAGAUGCCAACCAUCAAAGGACCAAAGAUGCCAGAUUUUGACAUCAAACUAAAAGGCCCUAAAGUUGAGGGAGAUGUGGAUGUUUCACUUCCAAAGAUUGAAGGAGACAUAAAGGCUCCUGAGGUAGACAUUGAAGGACCAGAUGUUGACAUUGACGGGCACAAAGGUGGAUUCAAAAUGCCUAAAUUUAAAAUGCCAUCAUUUGGAAUGAAAGCACCUGAUGUUGACAUCUCAGCACCAGACAUUGAUAUUGAAGGGCCGAAUGCAAAACUCAAAGGACCCAAAUUCAACAUGCCGACAAUUUCAGGACCGAAACUCUCAAUGCCAGAUGUAGACUUCAAUCUCAAGGGUCCAAAACUCAAAGGUGACAUGGAUGUGUCAGCUCCUAAGCUAGAAGGAGACAUAAAAUCACCUGAAAUUGACAUCAAAGGCCCAGAGGUUGAUAUUGAAGGGACAAAGGGUGGAUUUGAAAUGCCCAAGAUCAAAAUGCCAUCAUUUAACAUAAAAGGUCCAAAAGCGGAGGGUCCAGAUGUUGAUAUAAACCUCCCCAAAGCAAACAUUGAUGUGAAAGCACCUGAUGUUGACAUUGAAGGCCCUGAUGCAAAAAUCAAAGGACCCAAAAUGAAGAUGCCAACCAUCAAAGGACCAAAGAUGCCAGAUUUUGACAUCAAACUAAAAGGCCCUAAAGUCGAGGGAGAUGUGGAUGUUUCACUUCCAAAGAUUGAAGGAGACAUAAAGGCUCCUGAAGUGGACAUUGAAGGACCAGAUGUUGACAUUGACGGGCACAAAGGUGGAUUCAAAAUGCCAAAAUUUAAAAUUCCAUCCUUUGGCAUGAAGGGUCCAAAAGUAGAAGGCCCAGAUAUUGACGUAAGCCUUCCCAAAGCCAACAUUGACAUGAAAACACCUGACGUUGACAUCAGUGCACCAGAGGUUGACAUUGAAGGACCGAAUGCAAAACUCAAGGGACCUAAAUUCAACAUGCCGACAAUUUCAGGACCGAAACUCUCAAUGCCAGAUGUGGACUUCAAUCUCAAAGGUCCAAAACUCAAAGGUGAUGUGAAUGUGUCAGCACCUAAGCUAGAAGGAGACAUAAAAACACCUGAAGUUGACAUCAAAGGUCCAGAGGUUGAUAUUGAAGGACCAAAGGGUGGAUUUGAAAUGCCUAAGAUCAAAAUGCCAUCAUUUAACAUAAAAGGUCAAAAGGUGGAGGGUCCAGAUGUUGAUAUAAACCUCCCCAAAGCAAACAUUGAUGUGAAAACACCCAAAGUUGACAUUAAAGCUCCAGAGAUUGACAUUGAAGGACCUGAUGCAAAAAUCAAAGGGCCCAAAAUGAAGAUGCCAACCAUCAAAGGACCAAAGUUGCCAGAUUUUGACAUCAAACUUAAAGGUCCUAAAGUUGAGGGAGAUGUGGAUGUUUCACUUCCAAAGAUUGAAGGAGACAUAAAAGCUCCUGAGGUGGACAUUGAAGGACCAGAUGUUGACAUUGACGGGCACAAAGGUGGAUUCAAAAUGCCUAAAUUUAAAAUUCCAUCAUUUGGCAUGAAAGGUCCAAAAGUAGAAGGCCCAGAUGUUGAUGUAAGCCUUCCCAAAGCCAACAUUGACAUGAAAGCACCUGACGUUGACAUCUCAGCACCAGACAUUGACAUUGAAGGGCCGAAUGCAAAGCUCAAGGGACCUAAAUUCAACAUGCCAUCAAUUUCAGGACCGAAACUUUCAAUGCCAGAUGUGGAUUUCAAUCUCAAGGGUCCAAAACUCAAAGGUGACAUGGAUUUGUCAGCUCCUAAGUUAGAAGGAGACAUAAAAACACCUGAAGUUGACAUCAAAGGUCCAGAGGUUGAUAUUGAGGGGACAAAGGGUGGAUUUGAAAUGCCCAAGAUCAAAAUGCCAUCAUUUGGAUUUAAAGGACCAAAAGUGGAGGGCCCAGAUGUUGAUAUAAACCUUCCCAAAGCAAACAUUGAUGUGAAAGCACCUGAUGUUAACAUUAAAGCUCCAGAGAUUGACAUUGAAGGCCCUGAUGCUAAAAUUAAAGGACCCAAAAUGAAGAUGCCAACCAUCAAAGGACCAAAGAUGCCAGAUUUUGACAUCAAACUAAAAGGCCCUAAAGUCGAGGGAGAUGUGGAUGUUUCACUUCCAAAGAUUGAAGGAGACAUACAGGCUCCUGAAGUGGACAUCGAAGGACCAGAUGUUGACAUUGAAGGCCACAAGGGUGGAUUCAAAAUGCCAAAAUUUAAAAUGCCAUCAUUUGGCAUGAAAGGUCCAAAUGUUGAAGGCCCAGACAUUGACGUAAGCCUCCCAAAAUCUGAAAUUGAUGUCAAAGCCCCUGAAUUUGACAUCAAAGGACCAGAAGUUGACUUUGAGAGUCCUAGUGGUAAAAUCAAAGGACCCAAAUUCAACAUGCCAACCAUUUCCGGCCCGAAAAUCUCAAUGCCAGAUGUGGAUUUCAAUCUGAAAGGCCCCAAACUCAAAGGUGAUGUUGAUGUGUCAGUUCCAAAGAUAGAGGGAGAUAUAAAAACACCCAAGAUUGACAUCAAAGGUCCAGAGGUUGAUAUUGAGGGUCCUAAAGGUGGAUUUGAGAUGCCUAAGAUCAAAAUGCCAUCAUUUGGCAUGAAAGGUCCAAAGGUAGAAGGCCCAGAUGUUGAUAUAAAUCUUCCCAAAGGCAACAUUGACAUGAAAGCACCUGACGUUGACAUCAGUGCACCAGAGGUUGACAUUGAAGGGUCGAAUUUAAAACUCAAAGGACCCAAAUUCAACAUGCCUACGAUUUCAGGACCAAAAAUAUCCAUGCCAGAUGUUGAUUUCAAUUUGAAAGGUCCUAAACUUAAAGGAGAUGUGGAUGUGGCAGUUCCAAAGAUUGAGGGAGACAUAAAAACACCUGAAGUUAAGCUCAAAGGUCCCAACGUUGACUUGGAAUCACCAGGGGAAUUUUCUGGGCCCAGGAUCAAGUUACCAACAAUGUCUGGACCGAAAAUGUCAAUGCCAAAUGUUGAUAUCAACUUGAAGGGGCCAAAAUUGAAAGGAGAUUUGAAAGGGGAUGUUCAACUGCCAAAAGCUGAACUUGAGGGCCCAGAUGUUACAGUUGAUGUUCCUGAAAUUGGGACAAAGAAAACUAAAUUUAAAAUGCCAAAGUUUGGAUUUAAAGGUCCCAAAGGGGAUAUGAGCAUCAAGGGAAAAACUGGUAGCUCUGAAGGUCUUGAUGUUGACCUAGGACUGACUGGUCCAAAAACCAAAGGAUCCAAAUUCAAGAUGCCAAAGUUUGGAUUCAAAGGACCAAAGGCUGAGAUGCAAGAAGUUGAUCUCAAUCUUCCCAAAGCUGGCAUUAACAUAAAAACACCUGAGGUUGACAUUGAGGGACCAGAUGUUAAAAUUGAGAGUCCUGAUGGCAAAGUCAAAGGAGCAAAACUCAAAAUGCCAAGUAUUUCUGGACCAAAGAUUUCCAUGCCAGAUGUGGAUUUCAAUUUGAAAGGUCCCAAAAUUAAAGGUGAUGUGGAUGUGACAGUUCCAAAGAUUAAAGGGGACAUAAAAGCACCUGAAGUUGACAUCAAAGUGCCAGAGGCUGAAAUCGAAGGACUACAAGGGGGAUUUGAAAUGCCAAAAAUAAAAAUGCCAUCCUUUGGCAUUAAGGGUCCCAAAAUGGAGAGUCCUGAAGUUGAUAUUGAUCUUCCAAAAGCUGAUGUUAAGGUAGAGUCACCUGAUAUUGACAUUAAAGGACAGAGUAUUGAUGUUGAAGGCCCUGAUGCAAAAUUGAAAGGACCCAAAUUAAAGUUGCCAUCCUUAUCGGCUCCCAAGAUGCCAGACUGGGAAAUCAAUCUGAAAGGACCAAAACUGAAGGGAGAUGUGAAUGUGAAGGGUCCCAAGAUUGAGGGAGACAUAGAAGCUCCUAAAGCAGACAUUGAAAUUCCAGAGGUUGACUUGGAGGGUCCAAGUGGUAAAAUCAAGGGACCAAAAUUCAAAAUGCCAACUAUCUCAGGACCUAAGAUCUCUAUGCCAGAUGUGGAUUUCAAUCUAAAAGGUCCCAAGCUCAAAGGUGAUGUGGAUGUGUCGGUUCCAAAGAUAGAGGGAGACAUUAAAGGACCUGAGAUUGACAUUAAAGGUCCAGAGUUUGACAUUGAAGGUCCAAAAGGUGGAUUUGAGAUGCCUAAAAUCAAGAUGCCGUCAUUCGGAUUCAAAGGUCCUAAAGUGGAGGGUCCAGACGUUGAUAUGAAUCUCCCCAAAGCAAAUAUUGAUGUCAAGGCACCUGAAAUUGACAUGACAGGGCCAGAAUUUGAUGUUGAAUGCCCUGACGCAAAACUCAAAGGACCCAAAUUUAAGCUCCCCUCCAUUUCCGGACCCACGAUGCCAGACUGGGAUAUUAGUCUGAAAGGGCCCAAAAUAAAGGGGGAUGUGGAUGUGUCAGUUCCAAGGAUCGAGGGUGACAUCAAAGCACCCAAAGUAGACAUUGAAGGACCAGAUUUUGAUACUGAGGGCCACAAAGGAGGAUUUAAAAUGCCUAAGUUCAAAAUGCCAUCCUUUGGAGUUAAGGGUCCAAAUGUUGAAGGGCCAGAAGUUGAUGUCAGCCUCCCAAAAGCUGAUAUUGAUAUUGAAGCCCCUGAAUUGGAUAUCAAAGGACCAGAAGUUGAGUUUGACAGUCCUAGUGGCAAGAUCAAAGGACCCAAAUUCAACAUGCCAACCAUUUCCGGACCGAAAAUCUCAAUGCCAGAUGUGGAUUUCAAUCUGAAAGGUCCAAAACUCAAAGGUGACAUGGAUGUGUCAAUGCCAAAGGUAGAGGGAGACAUAAAAACACCUGAAAUUGACCUUAAAGGUCCACAGGUUGAUAUUGAAGGUCCAAAAGGUGGAUUUGAGAUGCCUAAAAUCAAAAUGCCAUCAUUUGGAUUCAAAGGACCCAAAGUGGAAGGUCCAGAUGUAGACAUAAACCUUCCCAAAGCCAAUAUUGAUGUGAAAGCACCUGAAUUUGACAUUGAAGGCCCUGAUGCAAAAAUCAAAGGACCCAAAUUUAAGCUUCCCUCCAUUUCCGGACCAUCAAUGCCAGAUUGGGAUAUAAACCUGAAAGGGCCGAAGAUAAAGGGGGAUGUGGAUGUGUCAGUUCCAAAGAUCGAGGGUGACAUCAAAGCACCCAAAGUUGACAUUGAAGGACCAGAUAUUGACCUCGAGGCGCACAAAGGAGGAUUCAAAAUGCCUAAAUUUAAGAUGCCAUCCUUUGGAGUUAAAGGCCCAAAUGUUGAAGGGCCAGACAUUGAUGUCAGCCUCCCAAGAGCUGAUAUUGAUAUUAAAGCUCCUGAAUUGGAUAUCAAAGGACCAGAAAUUGAUAUUGAGAGUCCUAGUGGCAAGAUCAAAGGACCCAAAUUCAACAUGCCAACCAUAUCAGGACCGAAAAUCUCAAUGCCAGAUGUGGAUUUCAAUCUGAAAGGUCCCAAACUCAAAGGUGACAUGGACAUGUCAAUUCCAAAGAUGGAGGGAGAUAUAAAAACACCUGAGAUCGACAUUAAAGGUCCACAGGUUGAUAUUGAAGGUCCAAAAGGUGGAUUUGAGAUGCCUAAAAUCAAAAUGCCCUCAUUCGGAUUCAAAGGACCAAAAGUGGAGGGUCCUGACAUUGACAUUAACCUCCCAAAAGCAGACAUUGACCUGAAGGGACCAGAAGUUGAUAUCAAAGGACCAGAAUUCAAUGUUGAAGGUCCUGAUUCAAAAUUGAAAGGACCCAAAAUCAAACUGCCAUCAAUAUCAGGACCAAAAUUGCCAGAUUGGGAUAUCAAUCUGAAAGGGCCCAAAAUGAAGGGAGAUGUUGAGAUGUCAGUUCCAAAGAUCGAGGGUGACAUAAAGGCUCCCAAAGUUGACAUUGAAGGACCAGACUUUGACAUUGAGGGGCCCAAAGGAGGAUUUAAAAUGCCUAAAUUCAAAAUGCCAUCCUUUGGAGGUAAAGGUCCGAAUGUUGAAGGGCCAGAAAUUGAUGUUAACCUUCCAAAAGCUGAUGUUGAUAUUAAAGCCCUUGAAUUGGAUAUCAAAGGACCUGAUGUAGACAUUGACAGCCCAAGUGGUAGAUUCAAAGGACCCAAAUUCAACAUGCCCUCCAUUUCUGGACCAAAACUCUCAAUGCCAGAUGUUGAUUUUAAUCUGAAAGGUCCCAAAGUCAAAGGUGAUGUGGAUGUGUCUGUUCCAAAGAUAGAGGGAGACAUGAAAACACCUAAGAUUGAUAUUAAAGGUCCAGAGGUUGAUAUUGAAGGUCCAAAAGGUGGAUUUGAGAUGCCAAAAAUCAAAAUGCCUUCAUUCGGAUUCAAAGGUCCUAAAGUGGAGGGUCCAGACAUUGAUAUUAAUCUCCCCAAAGCAAACAUUGAUGUUAAGGCACCUGAAAUUGACUUGAAAGGGCCAAAUGUUGAAAUUGAAUGCCCUGACGCAAAACUCAAAGGACCCAAAUUCAAGCUUCCAUCCAUAUCAGGACCCACGAUGCCAGAUUGGGAUAUCAAUCUGAAAGGUCCCAAAAUGAAGGGAGAUGUUGAUAUGUCACUUCCAAAGAUCGAGGGUGACAUAAAGGCUCCCAAAGUUGACAUUGAAGGACCAGAUUUUGACAUUGAGGGCCACAAGGGAGGAUUUAAAAUGCCUAAGUUCAAAAUGCCAUCCUUUGGGGGUAAAGGUCCAAAACUUGAAGGGCCAGAAAUUGACGUCAGCCUCCCAAAAGCUGAUAUCGACCUCAAAGCCCCUGAAUUGGAUAUCAAAGGACCAGAAGUUGAGUUUGACAGUCCUAGUGGUAAAAUCAAAGGACCCAAAUUCAACAUGCCAACCAUUUCAGGACCGAAAAUCUCAAUGCCAGAUGUGGAUUUCAAUCUGAAAGGUUCCAAACUGAAAGGUGAUGUGGAUGUGUCAGUUCCAAAGAUAGAGGGAGAUAUAAAAACACCUGAGAUUGAUAUUAAAGGUCCAGAGGUUGAUAUUGAAGGUCCAAAAGGUGGAUUUGAGAUGCCUAAACUCAAAAUGCCGUCAUUUGGAUUCAAAGGACCAAAAGUGGAGGGUCCAGACAUUGAUAUCAAUCUCCCCAAAGCAAAUAUUGAUGUCAAAGCACCUGAGAUCGACAUGAAAGGGCCAGAUGUUGAUGUUGAAUGCCCUGAUGCAAAACUCAAAGGACCCAAAUUCAAGCUUCCCUCCAUAUCAGGACCCAAGAUGCCAGAUUGGGAUAUUAAUCUGAAAGGUCCCAAAAUGAAGGGAGAUGUUGAUAUGUCACUUCCAAAGAUCGAGGGUGACAUAAAGGCUCCCAAAGUUGACAUUGAAGGACCAGAUUUUGAGAUUGAGGGCCACAAGGGAGGAUUUAAAAUGCCUAAGUUCAAAAUGCCAUCCUUUGGGGGUAAAGGUCCAAAACUUGAAGGGCCAGAAGUUGAUGUCAGUCUCCCAAAAGCUGAUAUUGACCUCAAAGCCCCUGAAUUGGAUAUCAAAGGACCAGAAAUUGACAUUGAGAGUCCUAGUGGCAAGAUCAAAGGACCCAAAUUCAACAUGCCAACCAUUUCAGGACCGAAAAUCUCAAUGCCAGAUGUGGAUUUCAAUCUGAAAGGUCCAAAACUCAAAGGUGAUGUGGAUGUGUCAGUUCCAAAGAUAGAGGGAGACAUAAAAACACCUGAAAUUGACAUCAAAGGUCCACAGGUUGAUAUCGAAGGUCCGAAAGGUGGAUUUGAGAUGCCAAAAAUCAAAAUGCCAUCAUUUGGAUUCAAAGGACCAAAAGUGGAGGGUCCAGAUUUUGAUGUUAAUCUCCCCAAAGCAAAUAUUGAUAUCAAAGCACCUGAAGUUGACAUUAAGGGGCCUGAAGUUGAAGUUGAAUGUCCUGAUGCAAAACUGAAAGGACCCAAAUUCAAGCUUCCAUCCAUAUCAGGACCAACAAUGCCAGAUUGGGAUAUUAGUCUGAAAGGGCCUAAAAUAAAAGGAGAUGCUGAUGUAUCAGUUCCAAAGAUCGAGGGUGACAUCAAAGCUCCCAAGGUGGACAUUGAAGGACCAGAUUUUGACAUUGAGGGCCACAAAGGAGGAUUCAAAAUGCCUAAAUUCAAAAUGCCAUCCUUUGGGGGUAAAGGUCCAAAACUUGAAGGGCCAGAAGUUGAUGUCAGCCUCCCAAAAGCUGAUAUUGACCUCAAAGCCCCUGAACUGGAUAUCAGAGGACCAGAAAUUGACAUUGAGAGUCCUAGUGGCAAGAUCAAAGGACCCAAAUUCAACAUGCCAACCAUUUCAGGACCGAAAAUCUCAAUGCCAGAUGUGGAUUUCAAUCUGAAAGGUCCAAAACUCAAAGGUGAUGUGGAUGUUUCAGUUCCAAAGAUAGAGGGAGAUAUAAAAACACCUGAUAUUGACAUUAAAGGUCCACAGGUUGAUAUUGAAGGUACAAGAGGUGGAUUUGAGAUGCCUAAAAUCAAGAUGCCGUCAUUUGGAUUCAAAGGUCCUAAAGUGGAGGGUUCAGACAUUGAUAUUAAUCUCCCCAAAGCAAAUAUUGAUGUCAAAGCACCUGAGAUUGACAUGAAAGGGCCAGAUGUUGAAGUUGAAUGCCCUGAUGCAAAACUCAAAGGACCCAAAUUUAAGCUCCCCUCCAUUUCCGGACCCACGAUGCCAGAUUGGGAUAUUAAUCUGAAAGGGCCCAAAAUAAAAGGAGAUGCUGAUGUAUCAGUUCCAAAGAUCGAGGGUGACAUCAAAACUCCCAAGGUGGACAUUGAAGGACCAGAUUUUGAGAUUGAGGGCCACAAAGGAGGAUUUAAAAUGCCUAAAUUCAAAAUGCCAUCCUUUGGGGGUAAAGGUCCAAAACUUGAAGGGCCAGAAAUUGAUGUCAGCCUCCCCAAAGCUGAUAUUGACCUCAAAGCCCCUGAACUGGAUAUCAAAGGACCAGAAGUUGAGUUUGACAGUCCUAGUGGUAAAAUCAAAGGACCCAAAUUCAACAUGCCAACACUUUCUGGACCGAAAAUCUCAAUGCCAGAUGUGGAUUUCAAUCUGAAAGGUCCAAAACUCAAAGGUGAUGUGGAUGUGUCAGUUCCAAAGAUAGAGGGAGAUAUAAAAACACCUGAGAUUGACAUUAAAGGUCCACAGGUUGAUAUUGAAGGUCCAAAAGGUGGAUUUGAGAUGCCUAAAAUCAAGAUGCCGUCAUUUGGAUUCAAAGGUCCUAAAGUGGAGGGUCCAGACAUUGAUAUCAAUCUCCCCAAAGCAAAUAUUGAUGUCAAAGCACCUGAGAUCGACAUGAAAGGGCCAGAUGUUGAUGUUGAAUGCCCUGAUGCAAAACUCAAAGGACCCAAAUUCAAGCUUCCCUCCAUAUCAGGACCCACGAUGCCAGAUUGGGAUAUUAAUCUGAAAGGUCCCAAAAUGAAGGGAGAUGUUGAUAUGUCACUUCCAAAGAUCGAGGGUGACAUAAAGGCUCCCAAGGUGGACAUUGAAGGACCAGAUUUUGAGAUUGAGGGCCACAAAGGAGGAUUUAAAAUGCCUAAGUUCAAAAUGCCAUCCUUUGGGGGUAAAAGUCCAAAACUUGAAGGGCCAGAAAUUGAUGUCAGCCUCCCAAAAGCUGAUAUUGACCUCAAAGCCCCUGAAUUGGAUAUCAAAGGACCAGAAGUUGAGUUUGACAGUCCUAGUGGUAAAAUCAAAGGACCCAAAUUCAACAUGCCAACCAUUUCCGGACCGAAAAUCUCAAUGCCAGAUGUGGAUUUCAAUCUGAAAGGUCCAAAACUCAAAGGUGAUGUGGAUGUGUCUGUUCCAAAGAUAGAGGGAGACAUAAAAACACCUGAGAUUGACAUUAAAAGCCCAGAGGUUGAUAUUGAAGGUCCGAAAGGUGGAUUUGAGAUGCCAAAAAUCAAAAUGCCUUCAUUCGGAUUCAGAGGACCAAAAGUGGAGGGUCCAGACGUUGAUAUUAAUCUUCCAAAAGCAAAUAUUGAUGUUAAGGCACCUGAAAUUGACAUGAAAGGGCCAAAUGUUGAAAUUGAAUGCCCUGACGCCAAACUCAAAGGACCCAAAUUUAAGCUUCCAUCCAUAUCAGGACCCACGAUGCCAGAUUGGGAUAUCAAUCUGAAAGGGCCCAAAAUGAAAGGAGAUGUUGAUAUGUCACUUCCAAAGAUCGAGGGGGACAUAAAGGCUCCCAAAGUCGACAUAGAAGGACCAGAAUUUGACAUUGAGGGCCACAAGGGAGGAUUUAAAAUGCCUAAGUUCAAAAUGCCAUCCUUUGGGGGUAAAGGUCCAAAACUUGAAGGGCCAGAAAUUGAUGUCAGCCUCCCCAAAGGUGAUAUUGACCUCAAAGCCCCUGAAUUGGAUAUCAGGGGACCAGAAAUUGAUAUUGAGAGUCCUAGUGGCAAGAUCAAAGGACCCAAAUUCAACAUGCCAACCAUUUCCGGACCGAAAAUCUCAAUGCCAGAUGUAGAUUUCAAUCUGAAAGGUCCCAAACUCAAAGGUGAUGUGGAUGUGUCAAUUCCAAAGAUAGAGGGAGACAUAAAAACACCUCAGAUUGACAUUAAAGGUCCACAGGUUGAUAUUGAAGGUCCAAAAGGUGGAUUUGAGAUGCCAAAAAUCAAAAUGCCAUCAUUUGGAUUCAAAGGACCAAAAGUGGAGGGUCCAGAUGUUGACAUCAAUCUCCCCAAAGCAAAUAUUGAUGUUAAGGCACCUGAGAUUGACAUGAAAGGGCCAGAUAUUGAUGUUGAAUGCCCUGAUGCAAAAGUCAAGGGUCCUAAAUUCAAGCUUCCAUCCAUAUCAGGACCCACAAUGCCAGAUUGGGAUAUUAAUCUGAAAGGGCCUAAAAUAAAAGGAGAUAUGGAUGUGUCAGUUCCAAAGAUCGAAGGUGACAUAAAAGCUCCUAAAGUUGACAUUGAAGGACCAGAUGUUGACCUAGACGGUCACAAAGGAGGAUUCAAAAUGCCUAAAUUCAAAAUGCCAUCCUUUGGAGUUAAAGGCCCAAAUCUUGAAGGGCCAGAAGUUGAUGUCAGCCUCCCAAAAGCUGAUAUUGAUCUCAAAGCCCCCGAAUUGGAUAUCAAAGGACCAGAAGUUGAGUUUGACAGUCCUAGUGGCAAAAUCAAAGGACCCAAAUUUAACAUGCCAUCCAUUUCUGGACCAAAAAUCUCAAUGCCAGAUGUGGAUUUUAACCUUAAAGGUCCCAAACUCAAAGGUGAUUACGAUGUUUCAGUGCCAAAGAUAGAGGGAGACAUGAAAGCACCUGAGAUUGACAUUAAAGGACCCCAGGUGGAUAUUGAAGGUCCAAAAGGUGGAUUUGAGAUGCCUAAAAUCAAAAUGCCAUCAUUUGGGAUCAAAGGUCCCAAAUUUGAGGGUCCAGAUGUUGACAUAAACCUCCCUAAAGGAAACAUUGAUGUUAAGGGACCAGAUGUUGACAUUAAGGGGCCAGAGGUUGAUGUUGAAGGACCUGAUGCCAAAAUCAAAGGACCCAAAAUCAAAUUGCCAUCAAUAUCCGCACCAAAGCUGCCAGACUGGGAUCUCAAUCUGAAAGGGCCAAAAAUCAAGGGAGAUGUUGACAUGUCAGCUCCAAAAAUCGAGGGUGACAUAAAGGCUCCCAAGCUUGACUUUGAAGGACCAGAUGUUGACAUUGAGGGUCCCAAAGGAGGAUUUAAAAUGCCUAAAUUUAAAUUGCCAUCUUUUGGGGUGAAAGGUCCAAAUGUUGAAGGGGCAGAAGUUGAUGUCAGCCUCCCGAAAGGUGAUAUUGAUGUUAAAGCCCCUGAAUUUGAUAUCAAAGGACCAGAAGUUGAUUUUGAAAGUCCUAGUGGAAAGAUCAAAGGACCCAAAUUUAAUAUGCCAACCAUUUCCGGACCAAAAAUGUCAAUGCCAGAUGUGGAUUUCAAUCUGAAAGGUCCAAAACUCAAAGGUGAUGUUGACGUGUCAGUUCCAAAGAUUGAAGGAGACAUAAAAGUACCUGAUGUUGACAUCAAAGGUCCAGCAGUUGAUAUUGAAGGACCAAAGGGUGGAUUUGAAAUGCCUAAAAUCAAAAUGCCAUCACUGAACAUUAAAGGUCCAAAGGUCGAGCAUCCAGAUAUUGACAUAAACCUUCCAAAAACUAACAUCGAUGUGAAAGCACCUGACUUUGACAUUAAAGCUCCAGAAAUUGACAUCGAAGGCCCUGGGGCAAAAAUUAAAGGACCCAAAAUGAAGAUGCCAACCAUAAAAGGACCAAAGAUGCCAGAUUUUGAUAUCAAUCUAAAAGGCCCGAAACUCAAAGGUGAUGUUGAUGUGUCAGUUCCAAAGAUUGAAAGAGACAUAAAAACACCUACCAUUAACAUCAAAGGUCCAGAGGUUGAUGUGGAAGGACCUAAGGGUGGAAUCAAAAUGCCAUCACUGAACAUCAAAGGUCCAAAUGUGCAGGGUCCAGGCUUUGACAUCAACCUUCCCAAAUCUAACAUCAACACUGAAGCUCCUGAUCUUGAUGUAAACCUCAAAGGGCCUAAAAUUAAAGGGGAGAUUGAUGCUUCUUUUCCCAAAAUGGAAGGUGAUAUGAAAGGUCCAAAUGCUAACAUUAAAGUACCAUCCAUCUCCAUGGAAGGUGGAAAGACAGGUGUUACAUUUCCUAAAUUCAAAGGUCCUAAGUUUGGAAUGAAAUACCCAGAAGUGGAGGGAACGGCACCCAUGUUCAGUGUGGGAGCAAAAGGUCCUAAAACACAAGUAAAUCUCCCAAAUACUGAAGCAAGUCUGGAUGCCCCUGAUGUUGACAUCAAUGUAAAGGGGAAAAAGGGGAAAUUUAAACUUCUUAAAGUGAAAGGAAAGGCAAAGAAACCUGAUCUUGACAUAGACAUGCCAGCAGUAGACCUGGAUGUAGACACACCCAAUAUUCAUGUUAAAAGAACAAAGGUAAAGAAGCCUCUUUUUGGCAAGCUUCAUUUUCCUGAUGUGGAAUUAGAUAUCAAAUCACCAAAAGUGAAAGGCGAGGGGUCUUUAUCAGAGGGACUGAAAUCACCUGACAUAGAUUUGUCAUCUGCUAGUCUGAACGCUAGUAUUGACAGUCCAGAUGUUAGUUUGAAAGGGUCAGAUGUAAAAUUAAAGACUCCUCAUAUUAAAAUGCCAAAUGUGAAAGGUGGUGCAGAGAUUGAUGCAAGUGUUUCAGGGGGCAGUGCCAUUGGUGGCCUUCAAUACCCAGAGGGUACAGUAACAUUUCCAAAAAUGAAGGUACCAAAAUUCGGUAUUGCUCUGCCUCAGCUUGAAGGCCAAGAAGGUAGAGGAAAUGUUGAAUCAGAACUUUCAGCCAGUGGAGGAAUAAACAUACAGUCUCCAUCUAUUAGCUGUCAAGCCAGUUCACAAAAUAUUGAGGUUCCCAGUCCAGAGCUGAGGCACAGUGAAGGAAAGGUAAAGGUAAAGAUGCCAAAAUUGUUUGGCAAAUCAAAAGCAAAGGGCAGUAGUUCAGGUGACCUUCGGGGACCAGAGUUAGAAUUGAGUACUAGUGGAAAAGGCAGUAAGGUCUCCAAAGACCUAAGUGUACACACAGGGGAACUGAAAGUUGGGAAAUUGGAAUUAGAGGGUGAUCCUGGACUCAGUGUGUCAUCUAAAGGCAAGUCAGCCUCACUCGAUCUAUUCAAGAAAUCAAGGCAUCGGUCUUCUUCUCUGAGUGAUGAAGGUGGGCUUGCAGUCAGUUCUCCUUCAACUCACUUAGAAGCUGAGGGUGGUGACAUUUCAUUAGAUCUAGGAACAAGCAAAGGAAAGAAAGGCAAGCUGAAGUUUGGCACUUUUGGAGGUUUUGGUUCAAAGUCAAAGGGCUCAUAUGAAGUGACACUUGGUGAGGACAGAGAAGCAGGAGCGGAGGGAAGUGCAAGUGUUUCUCUACCCUCUAAAAAGUCGAGAUUGUCUUCAUCUUCCAGCAGUGACAGUGGUUCAAGAGGUGGUUUUAGGUUCCCAAGAGUUGAACUAUCUGUUUCACCCAAAAAAUGAUUAACUAUAAGGCAAAUUAAACUCUCUCAUGUACACUUAAAUGUGUCCUCCUAAUAAAAAAUCUUAAAACUUGUCUCUUUCAAACCUGAGGGGACAUACACAGUCAUCUCAAUGUCGUUAACUACAAGUAAUUCAUUUUUUCAGUAAUUAGACAGGAGGGCAUGAGAUUGUUUAAAAUCCCUUAAAACUGUAAAUAAGAUUAAUUUGUAUUGUAAUAAUAAAUAUUGUUUUUUUGUACAUAGUCCAGAUUUAUUGAAAAUAUGCCAUCUUACCAAAUAUUCACCAAUAGUGUAUUACAGGGUUUGCCAUCUUGUCCUAUUUCAUUCUUUUAAAUGAAUGUUGUUAAUGAACAGGUGUGGUAUAUUUUUAUCCAAGGGUCUAUUGCACAGAAAAGAUAGUUACAAUAGUUAUUUUGAAGGAAAAUGUUGUUUAUACACCAGACACAAAUAUAGACAGUCACCACUUUUUUAUGUAUGAAAUUAUUUUAUUUUCAAGCUUUAAUAUUAUGUAAUCAGUGCAGGAGCAUAUAUAUGCAACAUAGAGCUGACCCUGCGUAACACAUUCUAAAGAGUGACGGUGUUGUAGAUACCAUAAUUGCAAAGACAAUCACUGUUUGGAAAUUAUCAACUCUCUAAAAUGCUGUCAGUACUUCCUGUUUAUUUUAAGAAAAUGUAUUCACCCUUAAAAUCUAUGCCAUUUACCAAAAAUAAGCAUUUGCUUCAUUUGUUUUAAACAUGUUUUGCUUCCUAAUCCUGUCAUUUUCAUUCUUACCUGUUUUAUGAUCCUCUGUAUUUUAUUUCCUUUGUCACUCUGUCUUUGUACACACUCCUUAUGAAUAUGUAAACAAUGUCACAAAUAAACAGUCACUUUUUGAUGUUAUUUUGUUUGCAAACAAAACCUGCGUUGAUAGAGAGUUGCAUAGUUUUGAUCAGAUAUGAUGGAGAUAGAACAUGAUUCUUUGGGUCUAUUCUUUUGUGUGCAUUCUGCCGAAUAAAAUAAAUAAAAAGAUUUAUAGAA